CGUCCAACGAGUAACGUCCAACAUCCGACGUCCAACGUCCGAAGUACCACACCAGAUCUCCGAAAUGGCAACCGUUGCUUCUGCUGCUGCAGCGAAGUUUAGGCUCGUCUUCUUCGCGCCCGUACCCGCUCUCGAAACUUGCAAGGCCGCUAUCUUCGCUGCUGGCGCAGGUCGCUAUCCUGGGGGAAAAUACACCGAAUGCUGCUGGACCGUUCUGGGUAACGGGCAGUUCCACCCUGGAGAUACAGCGAAUCCACACAUUGGAAGCGUGGGCAAACUGGAACACACGGAGGAGGCCAGGGUGGAAGUGAUAUGCUUUGGCGAAAAUAUUGCUAGGGAGGCGGUCGCCGCGCUGAAGACUGCCCGUCCAUACGAGGAGCCUUCAUAUGGUGUGUAUAAGUUGGAAGAUUUCUGAAUUCAUGAAUCGCAUCUUUUUCCCCCGGGAGGCUAUAGUCGCAGUUGGGAGGAAAUCAGACGUUUUACAACGCGUCGGCUAUCCGUAGAUCACGUGACGACUUGAAAGGUUUCACUUUUACGUGGCCUUUCCGAUUGUAUCACUUGGCUGGAAGUAAUAAGGCAGCUGCAGUAGUAAAUUCAAUAGAUAACUUUCCUG